CUAAAGCAAACAGAUCAUCUAAAAUGAAAUUCAUCAUCUUGACUUUGGCCGUGGUUGGCUGUGUGGCCGCCGAAUCGGGCUACAACUACAAUGCUCCCCGCCAGGCAGCCGCCUCUGCCCCGGCUCCAGUUUUCCAGCAAGCCGCCUCUGCUCCUGCCCCAGUGAGGACCUACGUGCCGCCUGCUCCUGCUGCCUCUGCCCCAGUGCAGUCGUUUGCCCCUGCCCCAGCUCCAGUUGCUGCCCCUGCUCCCGUUUUCCAGCAGGCCGCCUCUGCGCCAGCUCCAGUCCGCACCUACGUGCCCCCAGCUCCUCAGGUGCACCACCAUGCCGCCGCCUCAGCUCCAGCUCCAGUUCAGUCCUUUGCUCCUGCUCCUGCUCCAGCUACCUUCUCCGCUCCCGCUCCAGCUCCAGUUUUCCAUGCCGCUGAGUCUGCUCCCGCUCCAGUGAGGACCUAUGUGCCACCUGCACCACAGGUUUCCCGCGCUCCCGCUCCUCAGGUGCACCGUGCCCCUGCUCCGGCUCCGGCUCCCCAAGUUCAUCACCACGCUGCCGCAUCCGCUCCCGUGCAGAGCUUCUCGGCCCCAGCUCCCGCCCCCGCACCCGUGCAGUCCUUCGCCCCCGCUCCCGCUCCUGCUUUCGAGUCCUCCGGACCGGUGUUCGAGGCCGCCGCCUCCGCCCCCGCUGCCGCCCGCUCCGGAUACGAUUAUAGCCAGCCCGCCGCCAGCCAGCAGGGAUACAAGUACAAGACCGUCCGUCGCCGUGUCUUCAAGCACCGCGCUUAAACGAUGAUGAUGAUACGAUAACGAAAUGCGACAAUAAAAUGCGAAUAUUAAAUUAAUAAAAAAA